AUCUACAACUUCAUGCUUGAUGUUUUUCAGGAAAUCAGUAGCACGUUGGAAGGCAGUAUAUUCUUUCACACAAGGCAGAGACCAUGGAAAGAGGCUGAAUGCUACAUGCAUUACUUUCUUCUGCAACACCCAUAGUAAACUGGAGUGUUUACUAUAAUCUACAGAAGUUAGCCGUAUACUCCAGUCAGAUAUUUUGCCAGUUCAAAAGAAUAUUCUUCAAUAUUAAUAUCUACGGAAGUAUCUAUUUCCUGACACUCAUCAGCUUUGACCGCUACAUAGGUGCUGUCCAUCCUAUCAGUUCAUUAAAGUGGUGGGACAAAAACAAGGCUACAUUUUGUACCGUUGCAAUAUGGAUCUUCAUUUUCAUUGAAUCAAUUCCUGAUUUUUACUAUACGUUUGCAGUUGAAAGACGAAAUGACACUGUAGUUUGCCUGGAAUACAUUGGAGAACCUUUACACUUCGUAGUGCCAUUCACAGUCUCCAGAGUUGUAUUUGGAUUCCUAAUUCCAGCCACAGUCAUAUUCACCUGCUAUAUGUUGACUCUGAAGGCCUUGCAACAACUGAAGAAGCGUCAACAGAGAAGAAACAGAAUUGCUAAACCUCUGAUGUUGAUUUUUGUGGCAAUGAUUGUUUUUGCUAUUGCAUUCAUUCCAUAUCAUGUUAUGAUGAUAGCAGUAUUACUUUACAGAUUGAAUUACCAACUAAACUCUGACAAUAUAAGCAUGAUAUUUACCAUUUAUGAACUCUCUGAAAUCAUCUGCAGUAUUAGCAGUUGCUUGGACCCAAUCAUUUUUAUACUGGUACAUAAGAAUUUCCAUCAAAGAUUUCAAAUGAUAAAAUGCCCUGCUAAGCCUGGGUGUCACUGCUGCCGUUCACGGAAGGUCAGGGAUAUCACUGUGGCCCAGCAGAGAAUGCUGAAUUAAACUGCAAUUCACAAAACAUCCCCACGUGUCUCUCACGAGCCAGUUAGUUUCAGUUUCAUGCACUUUUUAAUUUCUUGUUUUCAGCAUGGUUACAACAAUCUCUCGGGAAAGCAAAAAUAUUGAGAAGCCAUCUGAGAAAUAAGAAUUGCCAGAUGGAUCCACUGAAAAAGCAGAACAGAGAUUUUGGGGUUUUUUUUGGCCAUGCCAUUGACAGUUUAAAUAUCCUAAUCCAUGUGUGUAUGUAACACCGACAGACCCCGGUCCUCAGCAGCUGGGAUCGAACUGGGGACCUCUAGAACUUAGUGCAUGAGCCUUUACAGCAUGAGCUAAAAGCCAACUGACUGUUAGGGUGGUAGAGUAGACUCAAUUUCUCUCUCUAAGUGGUCUUGGUGCCAUUAGAUAGGGCAGAACACCACACCCAGGAGAUGUGUGGGUUACAUGUACAUGUACACACACAAACUCUCUCUCUCUACAGAGUGCGUAACAUUCUGUGUAGCACUAACAAACCAAAAAGGGUUCUAAACAGCAGCUUAUUCAUUGUGGGUUAAAUUCACUCCUGCACAGACACCCAGCAGAAAGCGGAUAUCCUUCAGGGACUGAAGUCCUGCAAUGGUACAAACACUCAUGCCUUAUCUGCACUAGAGUUCCAUUGACACUGCUAGUGGAAAGUAAAUCUACCUGCAAAGAGAGCACGCUGGGCCCCAAAU